UGCCACCAAUCCCACACGCCUCGCUCCCGCCUCGUUGAUCGAGCGUCUUGUUCCCUCCGCCGGCUUACGGAUCCGAUAAUAAGUGCAACGUUCUCUUUCACUACGACCCGACCACUGCGACGAACCACGCCUACCUUUGACGCGCGUGCCCCGACCUCGCCAAGUCAUCUAUCUCGAUUAUUUCAUUCGAUCUAUCAUAUCACGGCCAUGGCUGUCUUCCCCGUCGUCCCCCAUAUCAUCCGCCCCAUCGAGGACCCCCAGGAGUACCGCAAGACGGUGCUCCAGCUCUGGGAUCUCUUUGACGUCCUCCCGCUCGAGAUGCGCCCGGCGCUCAAUCCUGGGACCGGAUACCCACGCGGAAACGCCUUCCAGGGCGGCUGGAUGUAUCUACUCGAUCGUGCCAUCCGCUACGCGCGCCACCUCAAGAACGAGCUCGCGAUGCUCGAGGCCGUCAUGGGCGUCGCGCCCCUCAUGCGAUACGCCGUCCAGGACGAAAUCCCGCCCAUCAUCGUCGCGCCAAGCAUCGAGCAGUACCUCCGGCAGAAUGCGUUCUUCCGCUUGCUGUGGAAGGAGCUCCCGGAGGGAUAUGGCGCGGGCGCGGAUCCAGAGAGUAUGAGGGAUAUUGUCAGGGAGGCCAUCAAAUUCAUCCGCGAAAUGCGCGCUACCGUCGAGCACUGGUACCAGGGCCUCGGCACCUCUGACGUCGCGCACUCCUUCGCACUGCUGCACGCGCCGACCCUGCCCACCGACCCGCCCAAGAUCCAAACCCAUUCGCAAGCGGAACCCUGGCGUCGUCUGGACGAGUGGGUCGUGCAGAGUAAGGUGCGGUGGGAGCUGGGGCGGGAGGCGCGCGCGGAGGGGGCUAGUGCGCUCGCGCGGGCCGUAGACCCCAACGCGGGGGAAGAUGGCAUAUACCGCGAAGAGGGGUUGACCGAGGAGGAGAAGGACGCGUGGCGCCGGCUGCGCGCAGACGCGCUGCUCGCGGCGGACCUCCGCGAGGCGUACGACGAGUACGAUUUGGGGUGGGAGGCGCCGGGUCUGGGCGGCGCGGAGAACCCGAUGGCGCUGGCGUUCGACGAUCUGGAUGGCGCAAGCAACGCCGCGUCUCACCCCAUGUCUUCCACUUAUGACUCAUUCGACGAGGAGGACCCGAUGGGCGACUUCUCCGAGGAGGAGGCCGACCGGGUGAUGCGCUUCUACAACUCUGGGUACGACCUGAGCGCGUUGGACAGCGAGGACGGGGAGAGUACUACGGAGAGCGAGGGCGAGGGCGAGGGCGAUGACGAUGAGCAGGACUGCGGUCUCGCGGGUAGCGGCCUCCAGGGAGCGGGCUCCCUCACCGGUGGCCUCGACCGCACGACCGCUCCCGAGCAGGUCAAGCGCGGCUCGUUCUCGUGCGCCUUCGAGCCCGCCGACUUCGAUAUGUCGCUCGACGAGGCGAUGCAGGUCGUCGAGCGGCAGAUGGCAGCGGACGCUUGAAGUUCAGUUACCGCGUCCGAUGCAUCCUUGCUCUCCUCUUCACUCAGCGUAUCCUCCUUUCUCAUGGUUUUUCCUUCGGCUUCGCUUCGGUCGCCUCUUCCCGCGUCUCCCCUCCGCUGCACCCUUGUACUCGCCCCUCCUUCUUUCACCCUAAUCUUCUUUCGGAUUCAACAUUCCCUUGUACCAUGUCUAUAUGCCUUGUAACGACGGACUCCAAAAGUGUAGCAUACGUAACAUUAUUGCUAUACCCUUCUCUAUCCAAGUACUCUACGAUCCUAUGCCCAUGCCACUAUGCGUGUAUGCUUC